AUGUUUCGACCUUUAUCAGCGGCUGUUUCGAAAAGUCGCCCAUUUGCCGUGUUAAUUGCUAAUUCAUCAAGAAAAGUACUGCGGAAACAACAGCAGAGAGAUUCUAAUGUUGUUGAUUUGCAUUCACAAGAAGCGUUGACUCAGAAGCAGGUGUAUGUAUUUGGUUUCUCGGCUACUGGAGCCCUCGGCAAAGGGGAAUAUCUUGGUCUAAAUGGGAAAUCUGGCACCCACCACACUGUGGGUGUUUCACAUCCUGUUCCUCUGACUCACUUGUCAGGCAAACGGAUUAAACCGAUCAAAUCUGCAUGUGGAUACGGUUUUACAACAUAUAUAUGCGAAAGUAGUAAUUCGGAUUUUGGCGUAUAUGGAUGUGGAAUCAAUAGUGAUGGUCAGUUAGGACCACAGUCUUCGGGAAUUCAAGGCAAACUUGCUUCAGGCGAUUCAGUAAAUGUUGUUCCUGAACCCGUGAGAGUUGACAUACAUCUUACUCAGGCAGAAAAGCAAAUAUAUCGGCCUUCUCAUGUGGCGUGCGGCCGGGCUCAUACUAUUAUUUCAUAUGAAAAUUUAAAAGAAUCAUCUGAAAAUACGCCUCCACUUGUUUUCAGUUUGGGUAAUAAUGUUUUUGGACAGUGUGGCCGAGAAAUAAUCGCUGGUGAAAAGUAUGGUCAGGAUAUUGGAGUAAUCACAAGAAUUAGUAUACCUCCACAGAUCAAGUCUAUUAAACAAAUUGUUUGCGGUCAAGAUCAUAGCCUUUUGCUUAGUUCAGAUGGUGUUGUUUAUUCCUGUGGACUUGGAUCAGACGGACAGACAGGUUUAGGCCAUUACGAUACAGUUGAUCGGUUUACCGCUGUUAAGGGUGAAUUAGAAAAUGAACGUGUUCGUUUACUAUCAUCUCGUGGUGACACUGUACUUGCGCUGACUGAAUCCAACAAACUUUUUGCUUGGGGUAAUAAUGAAUACGGUCAAAUAUGGCCAAUCGAUCAGAAUGUACAAGUUGCAAAACCUGUUCAUUUGAAUUUAGAUCAGUGUAUUGUCCCGCCUGAAUCAAAUGUCCCAGCAGAUAGUGUUCAUAUCGGAGAGAUACAGUCAAUUGGUUGUGCUGGUUCUAUGUGUUGUAUAGUCAACAAAAUUGGACAGGUGUUUGUCUGGGGUUUCGGAUGUAUUGGAUUAGGUCCAAAAGUGAACUGUGCACCACGGCCAACAUUAAUCCCUCCAGGUUUAUUUAUGCCAGCAAGUGUUAACAGUCCAUCACGGAUAAAUUAUAUCGCCUCUGGUUUAUAUCAUUUCAUUGCUCAAAAUACUGAUGGUAUAUUAUGGGCAUGGGGUGCACCACGUGGUGGGUUAUACUGUCUUGGUUUAGGUGCACAAGUGACUAAAACAGCAACUGACCAGACAUUUCCAAUGCCAUUACUUCUUCCAAUCAAAGCUACACAAGUAGUGUGCGGUGUUGAUCACACUGUAGUUAUUGGCAAGUCAUUCAGUUGA